CAUCCAAACGAACUUCGUCCCCAUCUUCACGAAAAAUCCGGAUCCUCACCCCUAGUCAUUCUUUUCCUCCCUUUUUCAACUCCCCCACGGGGUCUUCGUGUCUUGCGUCUAGCCUCGUCAUCUCGCCCCUCCAUUCCACCAUCCCUCCCUCCUCCUACUUCCCCUCUCUCCCCGAUCAAUCCAUGGAAUAAUGGGGCCGGAUCAACAGCCGCAAAUAGAUGGCUUCGGGUUGACCUUCCCCUUCCCUAUUCGGGUCGCUGCCCUCUUAGUUGCUGGGUUUUGGGGAUGGGCGAUCAACCUACACUUUCUGGCCAAGGCCAAUAUUGAUGUCCCUGCACUUAUCCGAUACCCAUCCUCCGCUCAACGGACACACCAUGCCUCCGUCUACCGACUAGCCACUAUCUUCACCAUCCCCCUCACCCUGUGGUUGGUCGUCUUCUGGAUCGUCACGCACUGCCAGUUUGAGCUCGUCGGUCGUUUCGACUACAUCCCGCAGUCGAUCUUUAUUAUCCUCCUCAUGAUCCUGAUCUGGCCCUUCAACCGGGCUUCCCGGGCAGGCCGUAUCCGCCUCCUUCUAACACUGAAACGGGUCGCUAUCGGAGGUCUCGCGGAGUCACAGGAUGGCAAGUUUGGCGAUGUUCUGCUGGCAGAUGCCCUGACGAGUUAUGCGCGUGUGUUGGCCGAUCUCUAUAUCAGUUUCUGCAUGUUCUUCACGGACGGUCUGUCUGCAACAUCCAAGCCGAAUCGUGCCUGUGGGAAAGACUUUGUUGUGCCGAUUAUUAUCGCCGUGCCGAGCGCGAUUCGACUGCGUCAGUGUCUGACGGAAUAUAUGCGCUCGCGCCGGUCGACAUCUCGGCGGGAAAUCAGCAAGGGAACCCAGCACCUGGCCAACGCCUUGAAGUAUUCCACCGCCUUCCCGGUCAUCUACCUGAAUGCCAAGCUCCGCAACUAUAGCCCGCUGGACUUCCACGGAUUCAGCGAGGUGACUAUUAUGCGUCUUUUAUUCAUUUCCGCAUUUAUCAACUCUAGUUACUCGUUUUGGUGGGAUGUCGUGAAGGAUUGGGACUUCACACUUUUCUCCCCCAAUCGCUCAGACCGUGAACACCCAUACGGGCUACGAAGACACCGCAACUUUUCUUCCGACCGGUUGUACCACUACGUCAUCAUCGCGGAUCUUGCGCUCCGAUUCUCAUGGCUGUGGCGCGUGGUCCCGGGUCUCACAUGGCUUUCUGAAACUGAAUCUGGCUUGUUCCUGCUCAUGUUCCUCGAGGUCGCCCGUCGUUGGAUGUGGGUAUUUUUCCGGGUCGAAGCUGAAUGGAUUCGGAACACCCAAGGGCCCGGCCCAGACGAUGUUCUGCUUGGCGACUUCAACCACAAAUUCGACGCGGAUUAAACAGAGACCGCCACGCCAUCCCGUGCGACGGGGCAAUACAUCAUUGCUCUCAUUUUUCUCUUUUGAAGCGGUUCCGUUCAAACCCAUCAUUUUGGAACGAGUAUGAGACACAGAAUUUCAGUUGUCGACUCCUCCACAACACCCUCUCUCUGGAAGCAACACAUGCUUCCCACAUCAUCUACGGACGUUUACCUACGUCAACCCAUCCAAUACAAUUAGAACAGUUAUAGACACGAGACCCCGAUCUCUCAUUUUACUUGGUGUAAGGAAAGUACAUAUCAUUCACUUGUAUGCCUCUCUUCGUUUUCUUUCUUUCUGGUUGAACAUUCGAUCCUCAAGACUCCUUUGACCGGUAUUGGAAUUCUUCCUUUUACAAUUCUUUCCCUGUGUCAGGAUCAGCUCGUGGACUUGGCAUGCUCGUUUCAGCUGGCUACUUAGUUUCACGUUAAGGUUAAUUUGCUGGAAGUGACGGAGGUUCUCAUACAUGUCUUUAGCGCUUUUUUGUACAUUACUUUCUUUUUUUUUAGUUUGAUUUGUCAGCUCCUUGCCGUUUAUCUUGGUGUUAGCACUAGGAGCUUCGGAAUUUCAAUGACAUGUACAAUAUGACUCGGAGGACGAA